GUUCGGCAAGUCCAACGCCCCCGCAGAGGCCGAGGAAGCGAAAGGAGGAUGGCGGGCGACGGAGCAGCGACUUUGCAGCGCAACAGGCGGAGGAGGACGACAGCCGACAGGUCAGGCUCGCUGCUUGCCGUCGGACUUGGAGGGCGCGAUUCGUCAGUCGGGGAAGGCGAGCGCGGUGCGCGGAUUUCAUCAACUCCGGAGGCCUGUGAGCCAUCUGGUUGCAGUACUCAUUUUGUGCACUGAGCAGUGAGCACCCGAUUCACUUAUCUUGGUUAGCACUUAUCUUCCCUUUUUGACUGUUUAGACCAGUAUACAUAUAGAUAUGCUACUCAAAUAUCUUUAAAUUCAGACCAGCAUAGUAUAGAUUAGCACAUUAUACUCAAUUGUUCUGAUGUUCUCUUUAAAUUCAAACCUUUAAAUUCAGACCAGUAUAGUAUAGAUUAGCACAUUAUACUCAAUUGUUCACUUUAAAUUCAGAUGGCAACUUCUAGUAGUGGUGGUGGUGCAACCUCAAGUGCUCCUGCUCGAUCCAUCACUGACCUCAAGGCUCCACUGUGGGAUCAUGUCACAAUUUUAGAGAAACCAGCUGCAGGUGGAGGCAAUGCUAGAUGGAGAUGCAAUUAUUGUUCAAUUGAAAAUUUUUGUAGCUACACUAGAGUGGAAGCUCACUUGCUGAAAAAGUCCAACAAGGGAAUCAGUAUGUGCCCGAAGGUGACAAUAGAUGAGCUUAGCCAAAUGAGGAGAGAAGUUGCAGCUGCUAAAGAACAAUUAGAAAGAUCAAAACAAAGAACUGUGUCCUUGCCUACUUCUUCAUCCAAUAGCAAUAAGAAAAAGCGGAGUGGACCUCCUUCUGCACUAGAGAAAGCUUGAAAAAUGGACCAGCGCAAGCACAUGGAUGCUUUAAUUGCAAGAGCAUUUUAUUCAGGAGGGAUCUGUUUCAAUUUUGCAAGAAAUCCAUACAUUCAAGAAGCAUUUACCUAUGCUUGCAGCAAUGAUUUGAAGGGUUAUAAAAUGCCGGGGUACAACAAGUUAAGGACUACCCUUCUCAAGCAAGAAAUGGCUCACAUUGACACAUUAUUGGAGAGUACAAAGAGCACAUGGAGUGAGAAGGGAGUGACAAUUUGUGCUGAUGGCUGGUCAGAUCCGCAGAGACGGCCGCUCAUUAACUAUGUUGCAAUUUCUGGGAAAGUAGCUAUGUUCUUGAAGGCUGAUAAUUGUGAAGGCGAUGUGAAGACAAAAGAAUACAUUGCUGCCAAGCUGAGGUCUGUUAUUGAAGAAGUUGGUCGACAUAAUGUGGUACAAGUCAUCACUGACAAUGCUGCAAAUUGCAAAGGUGCGGGUCUACUUGUGCAAGCUGAAUAUAAUACCAUAUUUUGGACACCAUGUGUUGUACACACACUCAAUCUUGCUUUGAAGAAUAUUUGUGAGCCUAAACAGCCGAAAAAUGAUGAAGAGGCUUUUGCUUGGAGCACACUUGAAUUUAUAACAAAUGUUAAAAUUGAAGCUCAAAUGAUCAAGAAUUUCAUCAUGAAUCAUGGCAUGCAACUUUCAAUAUUUAAUGAGUUUAGCCAUUUGAAGUUACUUGCUAUUGCUGAAACAAGAUUUGCCUCAGUUGUGUGUAUGUUACAACGGUUUAUGGAGGUAAAGAGGCCUCUUCAAAGCAUGGUAAUUAGUGAGCAAUGGGAUCACUACAAAGAUGAUGCUCAAAUUGCUGCUCAUGUCAAAGAGAAGAUACUUAGUGAUGUGUGGUGGGGCAAUGUAGAGUUCAUUCUCAAAUUUACUCAACCUAUCUAUGAUAUGAUACGUGUUGCAGACACCGACACACCAUGUCUUCAUCUGAUUUAUGAGAUGUGGGAUUCAAUGAUUGAGAAAGUGAAGAAAAAGAUAUAUCUAUGGGAAGGGAAUGAACAAAAUGAGGAAUCUAAUUUGUUCUCGGUUAUUCAUAAAAUAUUGAUUGAUAGAUGGACAAAAGGCAAUAAUCCACUUCAUUGUUUGGCUCAUUCACUUAAUCCAAGAUAUUAUAGCAAAAAUUGGCUCGAUGGAGGUGUUGGCCGUGUACCCCCACACAAGGAUAUUGAGGUAUCAAAAAUGAGGAUGGAUUGCUUCAAGAAGUUCUUUCCCAUACAAGAAGAAUUAACAAAAGUGAAAGAAGAAUACGCAAGAUUCUCAACUUGUUCCGAGGAAUUCAAUGAUCAUGAUUCAAUUCUUGAUAGAUGGCUUUGUGAUCCAAUGACUUGGUGGUCAAAUCAUGGACAAUAUAUUCCUCUAUUACAGAGUUUGGCCAUUAGAUUGAUUAGCCAACCAGCCUCAUCUUCUUGCUGUGAGAGGAAUUGAAGUACUUAUAGCUUCAUCCAUAGUGUUAAAAGAAAUGCCUUAACUCCAGAGCGUGCUGAAGAUUUGGUCUAUGUGCAUUCAAAUCUGAGACAUCUCUCUAGAAGAACCGAUGCAUACAAGAAAGGAGAAUCAAGGAUGUGGGAUGUGGGAGGAGAUUCUUUUGACUCUCUUAGUGGUUUAGGCAUUCUUGAAGUGGCUAACCUUUCUCUCAAUGAGCCUGAGUUGCAAGCCGUGUCUUUUGGAGACGUAGAGGUUGAUAUUCAGGAGAAUGAAGUUGAAGCCAAUGAGGAUGAAGAAGCCUAGUUGGAUUGGUGGAGGAUGAACUUGGAGUUGCAGCGUGCCAGCCUGUUAUCUCCUUCAUGAAUUAUCGUUUCCUAAAUUUGAAACUGUUAUGUUAUUGCGAUGUAA